CUUUUUCCUAUCUUUUUUAAUGGGAUUUCGCGUUAUUUUUUUAUUUUUUAUUUUUAUCCCUGGUGGGUUUUACCCUUUGUAGCCUAGAUGUUUUACCUUCUUGCUCCUUCUGGCUCUCCUGGGAAAGAAAGAUAAAAAGUAAGACAGGGACAAAAAGUCGGUGUCAUUAAUAUGUUAAUUUGAAGUGGUCCGGUAAAUAUUCAUUGCAAUCAUCUUCGACAGCUAAUCGUUUGUUUUGACCGACACGAGUUCUCUAUUUACACGCGUACGCGUGCAACUCUAGUGAUCUACGAUGCCGCUUAAAACCAUUUGGAGCUUUUUGGUUCGUGCUUGGGGAACUAUCAGUUUUUAUCUAUUUCCAAAGACGAUAAAAGGACGGAAACCCAGUGGUUCGGCGGAAGAAAUUGAAAUUUCAGAACAGGCAGCUUUUCUGUGCCAGAAAUACAUCGAAGCCAGAUUCACGCGCUCAAAUUUAUGCUACUUCAAUCCGAGAAGCCGGAAGAAAGAUGGGCAAUCUUUAGCUGGGUGCCCCGAAGAUGUGGUACAGACCUUGUGCGAGGUAGGCGCAUUACUGGAGCAAAGCUAUCCAAAGCUCUAUAACAACGUUCUGGAUCAGCUUAACUACCGCGUAAAUCUUGCCAUCCUCGUGUGCAAUAUGUUCAAUCGUGUCUCUGAGCAAAUCGUUGUUUCUGGGGUGAGCUGGUCGCGUAUUGUCGCUGUUUACGCGUUCGCCGGAGCCCUGGCUUACGAUUUUACGCAGACGGGAGACACUAGAUUCAUACGCAGCAUGUCGAUUUGGAUGGGACAUUUCUCCGCGAAACGCUUGAGUCCGUGGAUCAGACAGAAUGGAGGAUGGCAAGGUCUUGUGACACACUUCAAGGAAGAGGAGCAUUCAGUAAUGGGUUCAUUGAGUAAAUGGCUGACCAGGAAUCAACCGAGAAGACCGCAGCAUGAUCCAGGAACCACGCCCGUCGACAGCUCUUGACACGCAUG